CCCGCCUAAUCUUCAUUCAUCUUCUCUGCUUUUCCCAGUCUCUCAGGCUCCAGCCAAAAAAAAGAGACACGCCUCGUUCCAUCCGGUUCAUUUCCUUUCCGUUUUCCUAUUCUCAUUUUUCUUCAGACAUCCUUCCUCUGGGCUGAGGGCAAUGGAGGUUUGAGGCAGAAACUCUUCCCUCUGGCUCUAUUGGGAAUAUGCCAUCUCAUUGAUCAAUUCAUUCUCCAUUUCCGUUUCCCGGGAUCCGUAGACUUUUGGCGCGUACCUACUUGCGCUUUCCAAUAUGAAGGCCUCUUCCAUCAAGGGCGUAACACUCUUUAUUUUCUUGGUCACCGCCGCUCUUCGUCCUCCCCCUCCUUCUAUCGCCAGUACCGCUCCUAAAACCAUCGAGACCGUUGCAGGUACAACAGGUCCCAAUCAUAUCUCUAUACACUUCCGUGCACCUUGCCAGGGCUGCUUCAUAGGUACAGAUGAUGGCCUGGAACUGACCCUAGAGAUUGAUUCAGCCGAGGAGGAAUGUAGCAGUGCUCCUCCUCGACUCAACGGUCUACCUCUCGUCCUGCCCAAAGGCAACAAUGUCGGUCAUGGACAAAUUUCUUUCAAGUCCAAGGCUUCGAAUGGCCUGGGUGAGAAAGAAAUCCAUGCCAGCUGGCAGUCGACAUGCCUCAAGGGACAAGCGUCGAUAGUAUCUGUUCGCUUUGAUGACAUUGUCGGACACAAUCACGUCCAGAAUACCUCUGGCUUUACGACUUCCUUCAGACAGAAGGGCCGCCCUACCGUGCUUCGACUUGAGGACAAGCCCGUUGACCGCCUUUCGCUCGAUGACAUCUGUGAUGACUGGCUCCUUCCCAACGACCAAAUGCUUUCCGUGAUCCCAGUCAUGAAUGAUGACAACAUGUCUCUUGAUGAGUUGUUACAACUUGAGUCCGAUAAGCUCCAAGGUCUCGGCGAAGAAAUGGCCAAUCUCCACGACCAAAUGCGCAAGGCCGAAGGCAAGGUCUUGUCGAUCUUGAAACAAGACUUUAAGGCGUGUUCAAGCAUAAAAUGUCUGUGGCAAACUGCACUCAAGAAAUUACCAGCUAUCAAAAAAUUUGUGGCUGCUCAUUUCUCGCAUCACAAGCAUCACCGCGAUGGUUGUAAGCAGUACGAGAGCCAGACUGCGUGCUCGACGCAUGCUGGAGACCAAGACAGCCCAGAUACCAAAGACGCUCCUGAUGCUGUACCCUCCAUCCAACACGGUCAGUUCGAGGGCGAGCAACCUGUGGUUACGUCAGCGGCGGCUACCACCCGUUCGUUACCGACGCCGACAGCAGCAACUGAAGCAGCAACCGAAUCGCAUGAUCAGGACAAUUCUAAUCCUCCACAGCCAUCUGCUGAAGGCUCACAUGUUGAGCAUGAACCUCAGACACAGCCACCAUCCGAGGAAGCUGAGCACAAACCCGAUAGUCAUCACGGGUCGCCGUUCGCCUGGCCUGGAGGUCAUGGUCCGCCACAUCAUCCCCCUUGGUUCAAUCCGGGCGACAAAGACCAUCCUCACCCUCCUCCGUGGUUUGACCCAGAUCAUAAGGGUCAUCAUCCGCAUCCUCCGUGGUUCGACCCUGAUGACAAAAACCAUCCUCAUCCUCCCCCAUGGUUUCACGGAGGUGACAAGGAUCACCCUCAUCAUCCGCCGUGGUUGGGAGAUAAGGACCAUCCGAACCCGCCCUUCGAUGGCCCACCCCCCUUCCCCGGCCGACCACCGUUUGCGGGGCCACCUCGCCCUCACUUUCGACCACCCCAUGGUCCUCCCCCGGGAUGGCAUGGGCCCCCACCUUGGGCAUUCGGACCUCACGGCGGACCAGGAGGACGUCCCUCGGAAGCUUCUACAACAUCACAGCCAGGUUUCUUGUCCCCAAGUGGACAACACAGCUUUGAAUACAAACUCGGCCUGGCGGUCCUCGCACUCUUACUUUUAGUCAUAGUUUCAGGUCUUCUCUUCAAACUCAUCAGGGCUAAAACGUUACGCUACCGAGAUCCACGACGACGAGCCGAGCGUGCCGCUCGCAGGGAAGAGCGACGCACCAAGAAAUUAUACCGCAAAGCCGCAUGUAAGCACAAGUUCCUGUCAUGGUGGAAGCGAUCUACUUCAACCAAUGAUUAUGAGGAAAAGAGACAGAUGAUCCUUGAACAAGAGGGCGUACUGGAAGAGGCCAUGCGGCAGGAGAUUCAAGAUCUACAAAUCACGUCUGACUUUCUGCGAGACGUCAUUCGAGCUGAGGAGGGUCGGGCCACCUACUCCCGAAACCAUGCCCAUCGACGAGCAUUCACACCCGCCGAGCUUGAAGCUGGUGUGGGUUCGAGCCGAUUGUCCGAGGUGCCACCUUCAUAUUCUGCCCCGCCGCCUCGAUACGAGGAGGAACUUGCCGGUGAAAUUGCGGUCGUGGAUGGCUUUACCUAUACCCCGAGCGCCACUGACUGUACCUCGGAGAGCAGUGUCGUUGACUGCAGCCCGAGACUGAGCUUCGAGACCGGAAGGUCCACGAUUCUUACGAAAGAUGCUCGGGGUUAGAUGUUUUCGGAGCGAUAUCCUCCGCGAUCGAGACGCUUUUUGUUUUACAUUCCAUGUAUUCCUAUAUUUGGGAGGGGGUGGGGGUUUAUUUCCUACUCGUAUGCACGCGGGAGUGAGAGGGGAAUUUUGUUUUUGUGUUGGGCGGAUUAAUGAUCCCACCGUGGAUGCCGCUUGAUAUUACAUCUUCUGCAUAGAUCUAUCGGAAAAGAAGAGAAGAAAGAAAACAAUACACGUCAAUUUUCCCAUAUUUCGUGACGCCAACUUAGGGGGAGCAGCGCUUUCACACCUCGAGACAUUCUUCUUCCCUUUUCCCCCUUCACAAAUCAAACCUCGCUCGUACUUGCCAUGGAGGAGCAUGCCCAUGUCUUGUGUGUUUCGGAGAGCCGGGUGGGCGGAACGGGGGAAUUGAAAUACCAGUCGGGACGGACACCUCGAAUGAAUUGCUCUUUGGAAAUAUACCUAGGUGUUCCUUUGGCCAGACGUUCCAACAGUCUUCCUUGAUUGAUCCUUUUGUGAAGGGUGUUGAGACAUUUGCCGCGUCCACGACCGUCCUGGUAAGCUGCGAAUUUCCUCUUUCGACACACCACAGGCAGCUGGCCAGGAGACGUACUCCGUACGAAGCAACGGUACCCUUGACGAAGACCCCACGCACAAGUUGCUAUGCGGCUCUAGGCAAAUGCUUCGUGGGGGUUUUCUUUUUUCUCAUAUACUCCGUACACGUAGCAAUAUCUAUUGACUGGGCCACCAUUUACUCCGUAAUAAACCUCACCAAAAGGAAACCCCCUCUAGUACGGAGUAAUAAUUGUUUGCUUGUAUAGCCUACCGAUCACACACCAUAACCCAAGACCUUGACGAGGACACACAUAUCUGCAAAGUUG